UCAUGACUUGAGCUAAAACUCUCCGUGUAUGAGUGAAUGUGCAUGUGUCUGUGAUACUUAUGGAGAGAGAGAGAGAAGAAGGUUUUUCUGCAACACACAACCCUUUCUUGCGCUUCCAGCUAGCAGCACAGUGUCUGUUUGUAUGAGUUCUAUGCUGCAGUGACUGAUGAAAGGUGACAAACAAAGGAGUAGGGUAAAACCCUGUCACUUCAAUUGCCUCUCAUAACUGGGGAAAAUAAAAAGUCCUGUGCUUGUUUUACUAACUAUAAUGGGCUGCAAUCUAUGCUCUUUUCAGAAGAGAGAGGAACACUACAGACUGCUUUAUGAAGUUUCUCAGGUCAAUGGAAAGGAUCUUUCAAAAGCUGCACAUGAUGAGACAGUGGAAGCACUACGAAAUGUUAAGGAGCCAAUUGUUGUUCAAGUUUUGCGAAGAGCACCGAUUGCAAAAGUCCAUGCAAGUUCCCAGGAAAUCCAUCUCAUUGAUGCAUGCACUCAGACAGACAUUACUUUUGAACACAUCAUGGCCCUUGCAAAAAUGCGGCCAUUAACUCCUCCAGUUCCUGAUAUCUGCCCAUUUCUUUUAUCUGACAGUUGCCAUUCCCUCCACCAAAUGGAACAUGAAUUUUAUGAGGGUAAUGAAUAUCUGUCCAGUUUACCUGCAGAUGUGGAAAGAGCUGAGGAAUUUGAGUGUGAGGAGGUGGAACUGUAUCGUGUUAACAGCCAAGAUAAACUGGGUCUGACGGUUUGUUACAGAACAGAUGAUGAAGAUGAUAUGGGGAUCUACGUUAGCGAGGUUGAACCACACAGUAUUGCUGCAAAGGAUGGGCGUAUCAGAGAAGGUGAUCGCAUAUUGCAGAUAAAUGGCCAAGAUGUCCAAAACCGAGAGGAAGCCGUUGCAGUGCUCUCUAAUGAAGAAUGCAAGAAAAUUGUACUGCUGGUUGCCAGACCAGAAUUUCAGCUUGAUGAAGGAUGGUUAGAUGAUGAAAGAAAUGAAUUCUUAGAGGAACUAAGCGGAGAGAUGUUGGAGGAACAGCACAAUCAAGUAAUGCAAUGUGCAGUCAGUGAAAAGGAGCAGCAGCCAAAGAAAACUGAGGAAGAUGAUGGCACUACAGACACAGCAACAUCUUCUUCAAAUAACCAAGAGAAAGACAGUGGAGUGGGUCGAACCGAUGAAAGUAUGCGUAAUGAUGAAAGUUCAGAGCAGGAAAAUGUGACGGAAGAGCAGAAUGACACUUCUCUCCAAAGUGUCAGAGAGUUGGGACAAAGUCAGGAUACCUUAGUUGGUAAUGAACUCCAGUGCAAUGAAAGCAUUAUUUCUGGAGAAUACCUUGAUUCAGACUUUGUUGUAACCCAAGAUGAUGACUGCGAGAGAUAUCGACAGCUGCUUGAAUUAAAAUGUAAGAUAAGACAUCAGGGAGAGUAUGAUCUUUACUAUUCUAGUAGCACGAUAGAAUGCAGUCGGAAAGAGAGGGGUAGCAUGGAAAGGGAACUGCAGUUGCUUAAUGAGGAACUAAGAAAUAUUGAACUUGAAUGUCAAAAUAUUAUGCAGGCCCAUAAGCUUCAAAAUGUGAAAGAGCAGUUUGGAGAUAUCUGGCCAGUCUGUGAAGGUGGAUUUAGGAACUGCAACACAAGUACUGACUUGCAAAGUGAUAAUAAACUGACUAAUAUCCUGGAGCAUCCUGAAAAAUCAGAUAAGGACAGUUCUAGUGCUUAUAACACAGCAGAAAGCUGCAGAAGCACUCCGCUGAUGGUAGAAAGGUCACCUGAUUGUUCUUUACAAAGGAUGAUUAGUCUAACUAAUAAGAAGAAUUUAAGGAGCACUGUUGUUGUUGACCAGCUAUCCCCUGUGCAUUCAACUGAAGAAGUAGGUGCCACUAACUCCAGAAUGUUAAGACAGAGUAAUACGGCAGACGGUAAGGAAAAUGGAGCUGAAAGUGGCAGUUCAGUAGAGCAGGACAAACAAAUCUUGGAGCAUAUUCCUUAUCUGUCUCCUUAUCACAGUGCUAAAUACAGGUGUAGUAACAUACCUAUUCAUGCCAGACAUUAUCAGAGUUACAUGCAGCUCAUCCAACAGAAAUCAGCAGUAGAAUAUGCCCAAAGCCAACUAAGCCUUGUCAGCAUGUGCAAAGACUCUCAAAAAUAUGCAGAACCCAAAAUGGAAUGGAAGGUGAAAAUUCGUAGUGAUGGAACACGGUACAUCACUAAGAGACCAGUGCGUGAUAAACUCCUUAAGGAACGUGCCUUAAAAAUCAAGGAAGAGCGCAGUGGGAUGACAACUGAUGAUGAUACCAUGAGUGAAUUGAAAAUGGGUCGUUACUGGAGCAAGGAAGAAAGAAAACAACAUCUUGUGCGUGCCAAGGAACAAAGGAGGCGGCGUGAAUUCAUGAUGCGUAGCAGACUGGAGUGCCUCAAGGAAAAUCCCCAAAGUGGCAGUGAAGGGAAGAAAGAGAUUAACAUUAUUGAACUCAGUCACAGAAAAAUGAUGAAAAAGAGAAACAAGAAAAUAUUAGAUAACUGGAUGACAAUCCAAGAACUUAUGACACAUGGUGCCAGAGCUCCAGAUGGUACACGACUACACAAUGCCUUUUUGUCAGUUACUACUGUGUAAAUUAAACUUUUUAUGGGAAUUCUACCAGUUUAGGUAGAUUACAGCUGCCUCGUUCAAUGUGGCAUUUUUAUAUAUUUUAAAACAAUUUAUAAUUUGACUUUUUGCAGACAUUUAUUACAAUAUUCUUUUCUAUUUCAUAUGAACCAUUAUAAGAUGCAGUUUCUUUAAUCUGCAAAAUGCUCUUAACAAUUAUGUAAAAAUCUAAGCAUCACUAUACCAGUGGUGUGACAUUUUAAAUGAAAGACAGGAUUUAUUUCUUUAUAUUUGAAAAUGAGUCAGAGCUUUGUUUUUGAAAUGCCUUUUUUACCUUGAUAAUAAUGCCAAAACAAAUGCUUUGUAUGCUCAGCUACACAUUCAGCAACUAAAAAUUGCCUAAAACAUUUUUUCUGCUAAAAGCAGACUUAAACUAUCUUUUACUACAGCAUUUCCUAUUGCAGUUUAUAACAUCCAGUGUACCUCUGGGCUGUAAAUUGCAAAUGUGUUUGACCCAGUAAACAUGUAGGUGGAUAACUUUUCAGUCAUAUGUAGUGACACAUGGUCAUGUAGUCAGAUAAAUAUGUGGUAUUGUGAAGGUACAAAUAAAUUAUUGCUUACAUCCUUAA